AUGUCGGGCACCACUAUAGAUGAAGUCGUAACUCGACUCAGCAACGGUGACAUCGAUGUGAGACUCAAGCUAGAAGCUGCAACUACGUUGCGCGAUAGCUUGGAUCACUAUACCAGCGGCCAAAUAUACCCUCCUUUCCUAAAAAGGUUGAUGCCCGUCUUUAUGGGCAUUCUAAAAGGGCCAUGCACUUUCCAAAGCAACUCACCUGAGCAGAAACUACGAAUGGUCAUCCUCGAAGUUCUGCACCGAUUACCUACUCAACCCGCCCCUCCCGAGCCUUUCGAACCAUACGCCGAAGAGACCGUCGACUUGUUAAUGCAGCUUGUACGGACAGACAACGAAGAGAAUGCAACAAUAUGUGUCAAGAUAAUAUCGGAUAUCAUGCGCCACCAACACAAGGCACUGCAAGGAAAGGUUCAGCCUUUCCUUACACUGAUACAAGAGCUUUUCGAGCAGAUGGAAAAGGUCGUCCGAGAACAACUUGACAAUGCUCCUCUCCAUGCGCCAUCACAGCCCGGCGCACCUUCGACCCCUGGGAACUCGCAGAACUUCCAAUCGCCACGGCCAGGAUCACCGGUCGCUUCCGUCAACGAACUAGGAGCAGAUCCCCAGCAACAAAACCGACCGCUACUGAAGGGCAUGCAGUCUUUCAAAGUUCUCUCCGAAUGUCCUAUUAUUGUUGUAUCGAUCUUCCAGGUAUAUCGAAAUACGGUGCAGCAGAAUGUCCGGAAAUUUGUCCCUCUCAUUCAGAAUGUAUUGUGCCUUCAAGCUUCAGCUCAGCAGCAAGCGCAUGCUGAUGCUGCGGCUAAAGGGACGAUCCAUACCGGAGUGAGUCCUGCCAUCAAGAAUCGAGUGGCUUUCGCCGACUUCAUUACUGCACAAGUCAAGACUAUGAGCUUCUUGGCAUAUCUCCUUCGCCAAUACGCUUCUCACCUAAAUGAUUUCCUGCCUCGACUGCCUGAUAUUGUCCUUCGGCUUCUAAAAGAUUGUCCAAGAGAGAAGUCCGGCACACGCAAAGAGCUCAUAGUCGCUAUUCGUCAUAUUAUUAAUUAUAAUUUCCGCAAAAUCUUCAUUCCAAAGAUCGAUGAGCUUCUAGACGAGCGAACGCUGACUGGAGAUGGACUGACUGUGCAUGAAACUAUGCGACCCCUGGCUUAUAGUAUGCUUGCUGAUCUCAUUCACCACGUCAGGGAUUCUCUGAAGCCAGAACAAAUCAGGAAGACUGUUGAGGUCUACACGAGGAAUCUUCAAGACAACUUCCCCGGAACAAGCUUUCAGACCAUGAGUGCUAAACUCCUCCUUAAUAUGGCUGAGUGUAUUGCAAAGCUGCCUAACAAGGUCGACGCACGGCAUUAUCUUAUCAUGAUUCUCAAUGCCAUCGCGGAUAAAUUUGCUGCCAUGAACCGGCAGUACCCCAAUGCUGUGAAGCUUUCAGCUCUUUAUCGGGAACAGAUGAAGGCUGGCACCCGGGAGACCUAUCUGGCUGACCAAGACGGCCCCCCUGAUUGGGAUGAGACGGACAUUUUUUCUGCGGUUCCGAUUAAGACUUCGAACCCACGAGAUCGCGGCGCCGAUCCUGUUGUUGACAACAAAUUCCUUUUCCGAAAUCUGAUGACAGGUCUCAAGAACACUUUUUACCAGUUGAGGACAUGUAAUGUCGGGUCACCCAUCGAUGCCCAAAAUGCACCCACCCACUGGCAAGAUGUAUCGUAUGGAUUCACAGCUGAGGAGGUCAAGGUCAUCAUCAAGCUUUUCCGCGAGGGUGCCUAUGUCUUCAGGUACUACGAGAUUGAAAAACCAGCGGCCGAGUCCCAAUACAUGUCGCCGGUGGAAUAUAUGGCCAACUUCUACAUGGUCUCGUGCAGCAAAGAGGAGAAGGACUUGCUUGAAACUUUUGCUACGGUAUUCCAUGCCAUCGAUCCCGCCACUUUCCAUGAGGUAUUCCAGCAAGAGAUCCCGCGCCUUUACGACAUGAUAUUUGAACACACAGCGUUGUUGCACAUACCUCAGUUCUUCCUUGCUAGCGAGGCGACCUCUCCUAGCUUUUGUGGUAUGCUCUUGCAAUUCCUCAUGGAACGAAUCGAUCAGGUCGGGUCUGCCGAUGUCAAGAAGUCCUCCAUAUUGUUGAGACUUUUCAAGCUCGCUUUUAUGGCAGUCACCUUGUUUGCCAAUCAAAACGAGCAGGUUCUACUACCCCACGUUGUCAAUAUUGUCACAAAAUCCAUCGAGUUGUCGACAAAAGCAGAGGAGCCAAUGAAUUACUUCCUCCUCUUAAGAUCGUUGUUCCGCAGCAUUGGUGGUGGUAAAUUCGAGCAACUGUAUAAGCAAAUUCUACCUCUGCUUGAAAUGCUCUUGGAUGUACUCAACAACCUUUUGAUGGCCGCUCGAAAGCCAUCUGAGCGUGACUUGUAUGUGGAGCUCUGCCUUACCGUCCCAGCACGACUAAGUCAUUUGCUACCGCACUUGAGCUUCCUGAUGCGACCACUUGUUGUUGCGCUUCGUGCCGGAACAGACCUUGUCGGACAGGGCCUGCGAACACUGGAAUUGUGCGUUGACAACCUCACGGCGGAUUACCUUGAUCCUAUCAUGGCGCCUGUCAUUGACGAGCUGAUGACUGCCUUGUUUGAUCAUCUUAAACCUCAUCCAUACAGCCACUUCCACGCACAUACCACAAUGAGGAUUCUUGGCAAAUUGGGCGGCAGAAACAGAAAGUUCAUGACCGGAGCUGUGCCGCUUGCUUACAAGGAAUACGCUGAUGAUCCUUCAGGCUUCGACCUUAGGUUGUUUGGUUCCAAAAAGGAUAGAGCAUUUCCCGCUGAUAUGGGCAUUGACUUUGCCAUUCAGAAGCUCACGGAAUUCCCCAAGGCAACCAAGAACAACCACAACAAGCAGUACGAUGGCUAUUACAAGAAGCAAGCGUUGCAUCUGAUCAAAUCCCAACUUAAGCUGCGCAUCGGCUAUGAUCAGCUUCCGGAAGAUCUCCCACGCCUGGUGCGACUCCAGGCUGAAGACCUUGUAGCACGAAGGUAUGAGAUAAAUUCUGCCAGCUUUGAGGUUUCUGAUCGCGAGCGAUCUAUCCCGAAAAAAGAGUGCGAGGAUCUAGCUGUGAAGCGACUUCUGAAAGCAAUCAUGUUUGCUCAUUCGUUCCCCGAGUUCAAAGACGAGGCGAGCGCUUUCUUGCUGAACGUCUGCAAACACUUUGCAAUUAUUGAAGUUGGCAGAGCCUUGGUCGACUUGAAGCGAAACUUUAGCCCCUUUGACCCCAAUGCUGGCGAGGGCCCUCUGCACAUUGAUACACGCAAUCUUUCUGAUGCAAUUGUUGAGUCAUUGGCUAGUGACCACCCAGACGUACGGGAGGCUGGCAAGAGUGCUAUUCGGGAAAUGUACGACUCCACAGCGAUCAUCUUCGGCUCGGAAAGCGACGUUGGUAAACUACCGUUCUUCAGCCACCUUAGCAGCACGUUCUGCCACAGCUGCUAUGAAGAGGAAUGGUUCACGAAGACUGGUGGUAGUCUAGGAAUCAACUAUUUGCUUACAGAGCUUGACUUUGGCGACACUUGGAUCGCUUCCAAGCAGACCGAGUUUAUACGUGCUCUCAUCUACGUCGUCAAGGAUAUGCCCCAAGACCUUCCUGAAAAGACACGCUGCUUGGCACAAACAAGUCUCGAGGUUCUUCUGAAGCGCAUCACGAAGGACAUCACCAAGGAGGAUGCACUACCCAUCACACAGCAACCAGGUCAACCGCAAGGUGCUCAGCCCAAACAGCCCAGACUCUCUCAGAUCUGCCAACAAUUUGGAAAUGAUCUGUAUCACAUGAACAAGCAUGUUCGCGAGACUGCAAAACACUCGCUGGAACUCAUCGCCAAGGCAGCAAGCUGUGAGGUGUGGGAGCUCCUCGAGUCCUGCAAGGACAAGAUCCUCCAACCUAUAUUUGCUAAGCCGCUGCGAGCGUUACCGUUUAGUAUUCAGAUCGGCUACAUUAACGCCAUGACGUACCACAUGAGUUUGAAGAACGACUGGGUCCCAUUCGACGAGAAUCUCAAUCGUCUUCUGAUGGAGUCUUUGGCCUUGGCAGAUGCUAGUGACGAAUCUCUAGCUAAUAAGCCUGCUGAAUUCCGUACACAUGAGCAUAUUGUCAACCUUCGGGUUUCAUGUAUCAAACUCCUCACAACUGCCAUGACCUUUGAGGAAUUUUCCAAUCAACCCACUAAGACAAAAAUUCUCGGUGUCUUUUUCAAGUGUUUGUACUCGGAAUCGAAGCCUACCAUCACUGCGGCAAAUGAUGCUCUUAAGUCAGUCCUUUCGGUAGAUAGGCGUCUCCCCAAAGAGCUUCUUCAGGGAGGACUGCGACCAGUGCUACAGAGUCUUUCAGAUCCGAAACGCCUCAGUACGGCAGGGCUUGACAAUCUGUCUAGAUUGCUGAAGCUGCUCACAUCGUAUUUCAAGGUCGAAAUCGGUGCUCGCUUGCUCGAACAAAUCGACUCGAUUGUCGAGCCCAGUGCUUUGCAGCAAAUAUCCUUCAGCUUUUUUGAUCAACAUCCUCAGAUGAAGAUUAUUACCGCCAUUCUCAACAUCUUCCACUUGCUUCCUGCACCCGCCGAGGCCUUUAAGGAACGCUUAAUCGAUUGCUUCCUCGGACUAGAAGAAAAACUGCGUCGGACUCAGCUCAGUCCAUUCCGUCUUCCAAUCUAUAGGUACAUGAAUCGAUAUCCAAAGGAGAUCUGGACAUACCUCUUCAGCAAAGUGGAAGAUCUCAAGUAUGGCCGACUAUUGGCGCAGGUUCUGGGUCACCCUGAUAGCCAGGCUCUGCGAGAGGUAGCAGUUGACAACGUUGAUGGCCUCAUUACCCGCUGCGACGAGUUGAUAAACCAGAACAACGAGGCCAAGUUUAUUGCAAUGGUCAACACGAUCCACAUAUUUGAGUCUCUCAGCCACUUCUCUAGCGCGGAGAAAUGGAUGGACAAGAAGGAGCAUCUUGACUGGCUCAAGAACAUCGGCAAAGAACUGGAGAAACAUCUUCGCCAGCAUACCCUUCCAGCUCAUCUCCGAUUGCCGGCUUACCAGGCUGCCGAGCAGCUCAUGACCAUUCUCGUCAAGUCACUGGAGAGGGCGCCAAAAGAAUUGGACCCUCUUUUCCAUCUGAUCGAAUGCGUUACUUCUGAUGAGCUUCGCAUUACGCAAGAGCUAUUCUCUUUCAUUUAUGGGAGAAUUAUCUGCAAUGACGCGAUUGACUUCUGGAAAACGACAGUACUUCGCUGUCUAGAUACCUAUUCUGGCAAAUCUGCAUCAAACAAGAUGAAGUACUUUUUGUUGCAUUACAUCGUUAACCCAAUUGUUGCAAUGGACGUCAUGCGCAACUGGAAUCAACUUGACCAGAACAAGGGUCCUCGACUUAUGGACAGAGCUGUCAUUGACGCAGUCAGCAGCAAAAUCUGGAAGGUCCAUCCGGAGAUGACGAUGGAUGACCAGGCUCAGCCUGGCAUCGACCAUACUCGUUACGAGGUAUUGCAACUCUCUGCAAUGUUGGUCAAGUACUAUCAUACCCCCCUCCAAGAUGCACGGAAAGACAUCAUCAAGUUUGGUUGGACCUUUAUCCGCCUAGAGGACGUGAUCAACAAACAUGCCGCUUAUGUGGUUAUCGGCUACUUCAUCGCGCACUACGAAACCCCUCCAAAGAUAGUGACUCAGGUGUAUCUCUCGCUCCUGAAGGCCAAUCAAAACGAAGGUCGAGCUUUGGUAACACAAGCAUUGGAACUUAUUGCGCCUAUGUUGCCAAAGCGAUGCGGAACUGUCCAGAACAAUCAGUAUGCGCCAUGGGCAGUUGCGCCUCGCCGCAUCCUAGCAGACGAAGGACAGAACGCACAGCAGAUGACGAGCAUCUUCCAUUUCCUCGUCCGACACCCGGAUCUUUUCUAUGUGGCUCGUGACAAGUACAUCACCUUAAUGAUUAGCUCGUUGCGGAAGCUCGCCACGCCACAGAAUGCAUCUCAUGAAUCAAAAAGACUUUGUCUUAACAUGAUGUGGCUAAUCUGGUUGUGGGAGGAACGAAGAGUUGAAGGGAAAUCAUCAACAUCUGACACAAGAGCUCUUUCUCAAUCUCCCAACACCAAGAAGAGGAAGCUGGAGGCGGAACAAGUGAACGCUCCUUCUCAGCCCCAACGUGCAGAGUACGAGAUCCCACCUCUGUUUCGAACGAAGAUGAUUAAGUAUCUGGUCGAAUUUAUUGCUCAGCUGAACGAGCGCUAUGAGCUUCCUUCAGCUAAGCCCCGGGACCAAGUCUCGUCAUCAAUCCCCCCAGUCCCAUUGGCGUUGACCGAUCUGUGCAAGAAGGCUAUGAAGCUGCUUUACAACUUGGUACAGCCUCAGUAUUGGGGCGACCUCGAACUGGAUCUGUUCCCCAAUGUCACACAUGUGAUUCUGGCAAGCGAGCGAACCCAGACUAUCCUUACUGCCGAUCCUUCUGACAAGGAGAAAUUCGAUGAAAAGUUCCUCACCAACAUCAUUAACACCCUCCAGGUUGUUCGCAUUGUACUCAACGCAAAGGAGGACGAAUGGAUCCAGAAAAAUAUGCCAUCUAUCCAAAAGGUUUUGGAAAAAUGUCUCAAGUCGGAAAACCCUGAAAUUCAGGAUUGCCUUCAUCUUUCUGACAAGAAGUUUGACGACGGUCGUGAGCUACGAUCGAUCGUUAAGCGUAUCCUGGAAUCUGUACCUGACGAUACUCCCAUGGAAGACGCGGAUGCUGAUGGCGAGACCGAAACACAGACAUCAGAGAUCGUCGCUUACCUGUCCCAGCUUGCGACGGAAGCGAUGAAUAGCAGUAACUAUACUUCUGGUGUGAGCAUUCUUUGGUCUCUCGGCCAACGAAAGCCCAAUGUCAUCGAUCAGCACAUUGCAUCUCUGAUGAAGGCACUUCAAUCGAAGCAUGCCAAAGAGCACGUGCAGCAUUACAAUGCGGUCGCGAACCAAGCUGCUGGCGUGAACAAUAGGAACCAGGACCCUAACACUCCGAGUGGAGAAAUGUCUGCUUAUGACCUCGAAAUCCAGACAAAGAUCAUGAUCAAGGAGAUACAGGUUGUUGCUCUUCGGAUGGAGGUUCUAGGCGACUCUCGUCGACCUUUCCUCAGCGUCCUCGCAACUCUGGUGGAAAAGUCCAUGUCGAUUGAGCUUUGCGAAGAGAUUUUGAACAUGGUUGAGGGAUGGGUAUUCCGUUCAGAAGGAACAUGGCCAACUCUUAAGGAGAAGACGGCCGUUCUUCACAAGAUGCUAUCCUUCGAGCACCGACAAGACCCAACCAUGCUGUCCAAGUUCCUGGACCUUGUUAUUCGCAUUUACGAGGACCCCAAGAUCACUCGCACUGAACUCACAGUCCGUAUGGAGCAUGCAUUCCUUAUCGGCACCCGUGCAGCUGAUGUCGACAUGCGUAACCGCUUCAUGGCUAUUUUUGACAAGAGUUUAUCCAAAUCGGCUAGCGCACGUCUAUCUUAUGUUCUCACCUCUCAGAACUGGGAUACACUGUCCGACUCCUACUGGCUUGCCCAAGCCAGUCAUUUGUUGCUAGGUGCCGUGGAGACGAAUGCCAGCAUUCAGCUCUACCAGUCCGACUUCAAGACACUGCCGAUCUCUCGCUUGCUGACCAUGUUCACAAAGGAGAUGGAGGCUCGAGAGCCUGCAACCAUCAUCGAUGACAAGUUUGAAUCGUUUAUGGCAAGUCAUCGCCGCUUCAUGGUGGAACUUGGUGAUAUCAAAGUAAGGGACGUUAUCGAGCCUUUGGCACAGCUCCAGCACGUCGAUUCUCAACUUGCUCAUAAUCUCUGGGUUACUCUUUUCCCAAUCUAUUGGUCCUCUGUCGCAAAGGAUGACCGAGUUGAUCUGGAGCGUGGUAUUGUAGCCCUUCUCACCAAGGACUACCACAGUCGCCAAAUUGACAAACGCCCCAAUGUUAUCCAGUCCAUCCUUGAUGGCGCUGCCAAGACUUGGCCUGAGUGCAAAAUCCCACCACAUGUGCUCAAGUACGAGGCAAAGACCUACGAUGCCUGGUACACUGCUUUGAUCCAACUGGAGAACGCCGCCAUCAAACCUCAGGUAGAGUCCGCUGCUGUUCGCGAAAGCAACCUCGACGCCCUCGUUGAGCUAUACGCCUCGCUUCAGGAGGAUGAUCUGUUCUAUGGUACAUGGAGGCGACGGUGCCAGUUCGUCGAAACCAAUGCUGCUCUUUCUUAUGAACAAAACGGCAUGUGGGACAAGGCUCAGAAGCUGUAUGAAAAUGCUCAAAUUAAGGCCAGAACAGGCGUGAUACCAUUUUCCCAAGCUGAGUACAUGCUUUGGGAGGAUCACUGGGUUCUGUGCGCUCAAAAGCUACAGCAGUGGGAGAUCCUGCAAGAUUUCGCCAAGCAUGAAAACUUCCAGGACCUUCUACUCGAGUGCGCUUGGCGAAACACGGAUAUGUGGCAGGACGAGCAACACCGGGAGGCCUUGGACAACAUUAUUAAGGGAGUCAUGGACGCUCCAACGCCUCGCAGAGCCUUCUUCCAAUCCUUCAUGUCACUUCUCAAAUUCCACAAUGGCCAGGAACCCACUACUGAUUUCGCACGUGUCUGCGAUGAAGCAAUUCAGCUGUCAAUUCGCAAGUGGCACCAACUGCCUGAGCGCCUGACAAACGCUCAUGUUCCUCUUCUCCAAAACUUCCAGCAACUGGUUGAGCUUCAUGAUGCCAGCGUUAUUUGCCAGAGUCUUGCAAACACCAACCAAACUAACUUGGACGUCAAAUCUGGCGAGCUCAAACUGCUCCUCGGUGCUUGGCGUGAUCGUCUACCUAAUGUUUGGGACGAUAUCACUGCUUGGCAAGACCUCGUCACUUGGAGACAACAUAUCUUCAGCCUCAUCAACCAGACAUAUCUCCAGUUGCUGCCUCAACAGGGCGCACAAAACGCUGGAGGAGCGAGCUCCUUUGCUUACCGUGGUUACCACGAGACUGCCUGGAUAAUCAACAGAUUCGCCCACGUUGCUCGCAAGCAUAACCUUCCCGAGGUUUGCAUCAACCAGCUGAGCCGCAUUUACACCCUUCCGAAUAUUGAGAUCCAGGAAGCUUUCCUGAAGCUUCGCGAACAAGCCAAAUGCCAUUAUGAAAAUCCAGAAGAGCUAUCCAGUGGUUUGGACGUAAUCAACAACACGAACCUAAACUAUUUUAGCCCGCCGCAGAAAGCCGAGUUUUACACUCUAAAGGGAAUGUUCUUGGAGAAGCUCAAACAGAAGGACGAGGCCGAUUCAGCAUACGGAACGGCGUUGUAUUUCGACAUCGGUGCUGCAAAGGCCUGGGCCGAAUGGGGUUACUUCAACGACCGCAAGUUCAAGGAAGACCCCACCGAUCUCAACGCGGCGCGACAAGCUCUCACCUCAUACCUGCAAGCCGCAGGAAGCUACAAGAACGCCAAAUCUCGAAAGCUUCUUGCACGAAUCCUAUGGCUUCUUAGUUUGGAUGAUUCCAAGGGCACUAUCGCACUGGGCUUCGAUGACUUCAAGGGUGAAACACCUGUAUGGUACUGGAUUACCUUUAUCCAGCAACUGAUCACAGGUCUCGGCCACAAGGAAGCGCCCCGUGUCUUCCAGCUCCUUCUGAAGAUUGCCAAAUCCUAUCCUCAGGCCCUGUACUUCCAGCUCCGAACUAAUCGUGAGGAUCUGCUUGUCAUCAAGAAGAACCAGGAAGCCAGAGACAGAAGCGCACGACAACGCGCGCAAUCGACUGUUUCCAAUGGAAAGGCGAGUGCGUCUCCGUCCUUGACCAAGCAGGAACCCCCCAGACCUGGUACAUCAUCGUCUCGACCAGGAACUGCCAAUGCGGCUGAAGGCACAACAAUCAAGGCUGAGGGCGAGGCCGGUAGCAACGCAACCGGCACACCAGCACCUGCCAACGGACAAGCUCCUGAUCCCUCAAAGGUUGCGCCUAAGCCGCCAGCUCAACCUGGACAGCCUGCACAGACUCAGAAGAAGCCCCCGUGGGAGUACACUGAAGAGGUCAUGUCAGUCCUCAAGACGGCCUUCCCUCUGUUGGCACUCUCGAUGGAAACAAUGGUGGACCAGAUCCAAAAGAACUUCAAGUGCCCUCCCGACGAGGACGCUUACCGACUGAUCGUUGCAUUGCUUAACGAUGCUCUGGCCUAUGUCAGCCGAACACCUCCCUCUUUUGCCAAGAACGUUAAGCUUCCGGCAGCGACCGAAACCAAUAUUACUCGUUUCGCUGAGACGAUCCUGCCAAGCCACAUCAAGAAGUCGUUCGAGGCAGAUUUCGUCACGGUUAAGCCGACAAUGUACGAGUACAUCUACAAGUUGCGCCGUUGGCGAAAUAAGUUUGAGGAGAAGCUGGACCACAGAGUGCCUCGUGCUUCACUUGAAAACUUUUCCCCUCAUCUGAGUGAGUUCAGAUAUGGCAAGUUUGAUGAGGUAGAGGUCCCCGGACAAUACUUGCAGCACAAGGAUAAGAACCAGGACUUCAUUCGUAUCGACCGCUUCCUGCCAAACAUCGAUCUUGUUCGGUCCAUCAGCGCCUCUUACCGCCGUAUCAAGAUGCGCGGACACGAUGGAAGCAUCCACACAUGGGCCAUCCAGCACCCUGCAGCUCGUCACUGCCGACGAGAGGAGCGCAUCUUGCAACUUUUCCGCUCACUCAACCAGACACUGGGACGUAAGAAGGAGAGCCGACGUCGCGACUUACAGUUCACAAUACCGAUUAUGGUUCCAUUCGCACCGCACAUCAGACUUGUCCAGGAAGACACGUCCUACACUACACUGCAGGGAGUGUAUGAGGAUCAUUGUCGAAACAUGGGCAUGUCAAAGGAUGACCCUGUACUGUUUACCAUGGAGAAGCUUCGAGGCGCGCUCGAGAGCAAGAGCUCGGUAAGUCUUUUGAGAGGUCAUGAUUAUUACACGACCACUAACAAGCAGCAGAACAAACCCGAGCAGGCAGCAACAGCCCGAUUGGAGGUCUUUAACGCCAUUCAAGAGAAAUGGGUUCCAUCCACUGUGGCAAUCGAGUACUUCCAGAAGGUGUUCCCACAAUUCGCAGAGUUCUGGCUGUUCCGUCGUCAGUUCUCAUACCAGCUUGCGGCGUUGACAUUCAUCACGUACAUCAUGUACAUGCACAACCGAUACCCGCAAAAGAUCAACAUCUCUAGGGCCACGGGUAAGGUUUGGGGAUCUGAAAUGAUGUCGUACAUGAGCGCCAACAAGCCCUUUUUCCACAACCCGGAGCCUGUACCUUUCCGACUCACACCCAACCUUCAAACAUUGAUGGGACCACUUGCCACUGAAGGCAUCUUUGCAUGCUCCUUGAUGGCUAUUGCACGAUGCUUGACAGAGCCUGAGUACGAACUGGAGCACGCCUUGACUCUGCUUGUGCGUGAUGAGAUGCUCUUCUGGUUUACGGGCAGCCACAGGAAUGGAGUUAUUACAGAGAGCCAGCUACGGGAUUCUGUGCAGGUCAACAGCGACUCGAUCGUCAAGCGGGCAAUCAGCCUGGCCCACAGCCCCGUUGGCAACUUGCCUGCGAACCAGACAGUGAUUGACGCCAUUGCCAAGGCUGUCAACCCUAUGAACUUGGCACAAUGCGAUGCUUUGUGGAUGCCAUAUCUAUAA